AGCAUUAAAUCAUAUGAAAUUUUUAUUUUACAUAUAAUAUGCAUGUCUCAUGAGUAUUAUUUGUCCUAUCAAUUAGUUUGUACAUGGAAAUGCUCAAGUAGAUUUUUAUUCCUCCAUAGAAUUUACUCCUACAAACACUAUAAUAUUGUGUUGCCAAUUUGCCAUCUUUCAAAGACUUAGAAUUUAGAAGAACAUGGCAAAACCAGUGCCAAAUCUCAUUAAAAAUUACCCAGAAGAUCAACUGCGUUAUUUGUUUACGAAAAUAUUAACUGCUUCAGAUAUCAAGUAUGGCUUAAUACUUAUGGGACAAGCUUCAAAGGACCAUCUACAGGGCUUUAAAGAUCAAAGAGUUAAGACCAUGCUACAUACACCAGCUUUAUCCCAACCUGUGUUCUUCAAGUCCUGUGAUAGGAUGAUGUCACUGUGCCAGGGUGGUUGGGGUGUGAUUGUUAGAGGUAAUGGCUUUGUUGCUGGCGAUAUAAUUAAUUGCUGGUUUGCUUAUGAUGAAGAAAGCAGAGUCCUAAACUUGAUCAUGGAAAGGGCUGCCAAUGAGAGUGCUGGACCGGCUGCCCAGCAAGCUGAGGCUGGUGGAGAUGCCGGACAAGCAGCCGGGGCGGGUGGAAAUGGGAAGGGUGGUCAGCAGUGAUGUCCCUGAGCUUGCAGAUAAUUAGUGAAUGAUAUUGCAUUGAUUAUAUUAGUUUAUGUCCUUCUACUAAGGCAUGCUGAUGUCUUGCAUGCCACUCCCAGAUAAUAAGGAGCACUUGUUGCUGCUAGAAACCCGAUUCUGAUCGAUUUACGUAGCACUUGGUGAUAAUUUGUGGUUUCUGUAGAAAAUUAAUUUAGAUUCAGUCGGAUUUGAUUGAAACUUUGGUAGGGUAGACUUUCUGGGUUCUGCUUGCAAUCUUUAUAGGAAUAUUUCCAGUAUAUUGUUUCUACUUUACAGAUUUCAUUAGUGACUUUAAUAUUUUAAAUCCAUCCAAA